AUGCCACGUCGUGAAGAGAAGGACUGUCGUGGUCGAGGCUGUGUAUCGUCCCGGCAACCCAACUACCUCAGCAUCCGCUCCAAGCCGAAGACAGACGACGGCGAAGGCGCCGUCAGGCAGUACACAGGUGAUACUUGUUAUGCUGAAGUCAAUUAUUAUGCGGAUGACUGCAAACUGUUGGAGAAGCAUGCGGAUUUGAUCAACUCCCUUCGCAACUAUGUGCGCGGUCACCACGCAAAAGCUACGGUCUACCGCGGAACGAUGCUUCCAGCAUCCGAGCAUCUCUUCUACCCAAAAAAGUAA